GCAUUUUAAGAAACAGUUGCCCUUACAGAACUUGGUCAUAUUUGUGAAGCAUUUACACAAGACUCUUAUGAAAGAAGAAUGAAUUUCCAGCCUUUGAUUGGACUGUAUCUCAUAUCUCCUCUAUGGGCAUCGCUGGCACUUUAUUCAUCAGAUCCUGUGCUGCAGUUUGCUAUGGCAGGAGACAGAGCUACCUUGAAAUGUAGUUUACCUUCUAUUGGAUCCUGCUCUUCAGUAAACUGGACAGUCACGGGUUUAAUAUGGGAUAAAUAUGAGGUGGUUGCAGCUGGAAAAGUGACACAUUUAAACGAAAACAAGUAUCGUCUGCUAAAGGAUUGCUCACUGGAGAUCUCUCAGAUGGAGCGUGAUGAUGCCAAGCUGUACACUUGUGAAAGUGGAGCGCUAAAUUCAAGUGUUUCCCUUCGGUUUCUUGACAUUGCUGAGAACAAACCUCCAGCAGAGGGCAUCAUAGAACUUCACUGUUCGUUCAGUAAAUCUACAGGAUUUGGCCUCUGUAAAAACGACACAAACAUACAUAUCAUCUGGACAACUGAGGAUGAUGUUCCAAUAACUGGUAAUAGAUUUAGAUUUGAAAAUCCAUCUGUUUGCUUCUCAAAACUCAUCAUUACCAGGAAACUGACCGACCAUCACAGAAUAUGGAAAUGUCAAAUAACCCAAAAUGGUGAGGUUAAAGCCUCUGGCAAGUACAGGACAACAGUAAGAGAUGGGCUGGAGGAAGUGUUCACUGCUGUUGGUGAGUCAGUGUCGCUUCUAUGCAGAAACACUUCCUCUCCCAGACUUGGAGACAGAAUAGAGUGGACACUGAAUAACAAAAUGCUCAGUGAUCUGGUACCUGAGAAUGGCCAAACAAAUGUAUGUCAUGUGAACAAAGACUCAUCCUUAGUAAUCAGCAAACUGACUCCUCUUCAUGCUGGUGAUUACCAGUGUAUGGGCUCCACUGAAGAGCAAAGAGUGUUGCACAAAAUUAGGGUACACACCCUUGAUGUUGCAGCAAAUACACAACCAGUAAGAGGAAAUCUCUCUUUGAUCUGUGUGCUUACUUGUGUUGAAAAAUGUGAAGAAAACUUAAAUUUAACUUGGUCUGGAAGCAACCAAGAGCGUUGGCAAGGCAGACUAUUUAAUGUUAACAACACAUUGAUCAAUGAGCUUCUUCUCCCGGUUUGGCCAGUUAGCUCUGAUGCAAUAACCUGCUCUGUGUACAGAGAAGGUUCAAAGAUGGCGUCAAAAAGUUUGAGCUCUGUUAAACCUAUGCAGACUCUGGCAUGGUUAGGUCUCCCUCUUGGCGUUUUAUUAUGUGCAGCAGCAGGAGGAGUUUUUAUUCACUGGAAGAGGAAGCGCAACAAGGAUUUGCAUACUGAAUCUGCUGAUGAACUGUCAGUCAUCUCAAUGAAUCAUCUUUAUGAUGUCGUUCAGUAUGAGGAAGUACAGCAACCGGGACAGCUAAAAAGAGAAGUUGCCACCACUGAUGAUGGCUUCUACAAUUUAUUACAACCUGUCAACUAAAGUUAAAUAAACACUGCUCUGUCUUCACUUAAA